AUGUCGACUGCCAGUGGUGGCAGAAAGCCUAAUUCGGGAUCUUUUCUUGGAGCGCUGCGAGUGCAAGCCGAGUGCACGGCCGCGGGUGGGACGUGCCGUGUCGCGAUGGCCAAGGCUUCGUCGGCGUCGACGAGACGUCAACUCGAUGACGCGGAUUCCCUCAAGCAGGAUCCGCGGUGCCUGCGCCGACGAAGCCGCUGCUGCAGCUCUUGGCCGACGGGCAGCGUGACGCACGAGAGUCGCCGCUCCGCUACCGGUCGCCCCGGCAAGCGCGGUGCCGCGGCCCCGCUGCCCCCCUACGGCGGCAUCACUGUGACUUCAUCUGUGCCGAAAGAAAACGAGCCGACGACCCAGUGUGUUGGCGGCUGCGCCGGCGGAGACCGGGCUCCGGCGCCGCACCGCGAGAGGGGUCGGGCGACCGGCAGGCGCCGCGCGCCGGGGUCCCGAGGCGGCGGCCGCCCGGCCGCCUUCACGUCGGCCAUGGCCGCCCCUCGGCGGGCCGUGCCGGCGAGGAGCCGCUGCACGCAGACCGACCCCGUGGCGUGCAGCUGUGCCUCCUACCCUCCGGCCGUCCAGCGACCCCCGAGGCCCAGCGCGCCGCCGCUGCCCGAGGACCUGCUGCGGCUCGCGGAGCCGCCCGACGUGCGACUCGCCGUCGGUCCGCAGGCGGGGGAGGCCCGGUCCGUCCCGGUGCACGCUGCUGCGCUGAGCCAGAGCGUUGUGCUGCAAGACCUGCUCGUGCAGUGCAGUGCGACGGGGGUCGGCUGCCAUCCAGAGGCCGACGCUCGGACCAGGACGCUGCGAGUCGUCUGGGCAGACCCCGACGCCUUCGAGAGGAUGAUACCCUUCCUGUACGGACGGGACGUGCGCCUCGACGACGUGUCCUCGGCGCUGGAUGUGAUGCGCGUGGCCCACGCCUUCGCCGUUCCCGGGCUUUUCACCGUGUGCCUGCGCUACGUGGGCGACCACGUGGACAGGGAGACGGCGCUGUCAGCGCUCACGCGGCUCUGCGAGGUCUCCGGCGGCGGCCCCGCCGCGGACCUGCAGCAGAACCUGCUGAACGAGACGCGCGCCCGCUGCCUGGACGUGGUGGACCGCAACGCCGAGUGGCUGCUCGCUGACACCGCCUUCGAGUGCUUGCCCCGCACCAUCUUCGCCCUCGUGUUGGGCAGGGACUCCCUGUGGCUCAGGUCCGAAGUUUCGGCGGCAAAGGGCGCUGACCGCUGGGCAGCCGCCGAAUGCCGACGGCAGGGUGACGCUGCAGAACCCGCGCAAAAGCGGCGAGUGCUGGGCGACACUGCCUACCUGGUUCGUCACUUCCUACUCGACCGCGACCAGUUCCGACGCGCGGCUCCGUCACUGCUGGAUGACAUCGAGGCAGCCCUCGUGCUCGAAUUCAUGGACGGCCGCAUCAGCGAGGACCGACUGACCCCUGCGCUCAGGGCCAACCUCGCGUUGAGGCAGCGCCCUUCGCUGCCGACGCUGCCUCCGUCCUCGCCUCCAGCGGCAGAGAGAGGCAGCGCUCUGGCCACCGGACCGGUGCGAAGUCAGACGUUGGCCAGGAAUCGAAAGUCCACGUCGGCCAAGGUGCGCAAGUGCGCCGCGGACGUCUUCUGGACGGUCGUGUCUAUUCUAGACUGAUGGGGGGGUCCUACGUGUAUCCCUUCGUGUGCAUAUCGUUGUUGUCGUUGCUCUGUGUGCGCGGAAGACACCUGCUGGGCAGGAACUUGGACCUCGGUGCUUCUUGCUUUGUGCCAGGAAUUACUAGCUUUUAUUUUGCUGACUGGGUGUCCGUACCCGAUUGCUGUCCUAGUGCCCGGCUACUGUAUUGUGACGCUGAAGUUUCGAACUCUGAUGAGUGCAAAGACACUUUCUAUAAUUUGUGACAGUGCAUAAAUUGUGACAGGCUACACUAGACGUCCAGAUAAGCUACUCUACAGCUUGGUCAAUACGCUGAUGGUCGUCGAAAAGGGUGUGGCUUAUGCCAAGAGCAACAGCUACAACGACUAUACUGGGAUAAAGAUUAGAGUGGCCAAUGCCUAAGUAAGUUUUCUACUUGGCUUCGCUCAGUCUCAAUUUAGCGUUAUCGCCCUUCAUUAUUGGUUUGGCAACACCACAGAAGGAUGGCUAGUGCGGUUUGUUGUGCUUACCGAUGAGCAGUCCGUGUGGUCUGACAGCAGUUACGGAGGUGGGAUUUAAUAGAAGCAUCAGCUCAGAUAGCCGAGUCAGCAUUCUCUAACUUUCUACUCCGUUCAGGCAGAAAUAAAAUUGUGCGAUGUCUGUUGACGUUUCGGACAGAAAGAGACUAUGAGUAAAUAAUGCUAUAAACCAAAGUCUGUGAAUCGUUGCCACGUCAGGCAGAACUCUGGUGUGUGUACCCGUUUCACUUUAUUACUACGAGGGUACAAUUCAAAGAAUACACAAAAAACUUCAAGCUGUGUUUAUUGGCAGACCUAGUAUAUGCAUUAAUUCAUCUAUGGGCAACACAGUACACUUAUCUUCUCAUGCUAACUCGAUCACGCCUCAAAAAAAGUAUUUUUGGUGAUUAGUGUUGUGAACCAUUGACCCCGUGAGUACCUUGUGCUGUACAUAUGUUGUACUUGCAUUACGAAAAAUCAAGCCCCCGCUGCUGCCAAUUCAUUUCGUAUGAUGUUCUGUUGACUUCCACCUGUCAAUCUUAUACAUCUACGCUCGCCUUAACUGUGAAAGUGCCUUUCAGUUAUGCGUAAGACACCGGUGUCGUAUAUAGCUUGCGAGCAUGGACGUGUACAUCUUCCAGCUCUGAGCGGCGUUGUGUAGCUUCUCUUGCGGCCUGGUGGAGUGUGCAUAGAUUGUCCUUGGCUCAUGAAGAAUGGGACACUUAUGGCUCCCUUUAUUUCAGAGAAUUUGACAUAUUUGAUAAAUGCGCACAUAAUCAAGGAACUAAAGCAAAUUUCGAAUCACUACAUCCGCUUCAAGUAAAAGUCGUUGUUUGCAAGUUUUGAAAGCACUUCAGCUUCGCCUUCCUUCAGUUUCCCACUUGCAUGGGUGCUGUCAUGAUCGACAAGGUAACCUUUCGAAGCAAACUCAGACAUGCUAGAUUAUUCUAUGCCAUGGUUCUAUUUUUCUCGUUUACUACUCCACUCGGUGUUCAAAGCAUUUAUUGUUUCGGAUUUAAUCACUGCCUUUCACGCAUCUUGAACUAUGCUGCACGGUGUGGAGGAUAUGGGUGUAUAUUUUUCACACCAACGUUAAGAAUUUCAGCAAGAGCCUUGUGUUAGCUGUGACGAUGAAGGAAGGAAAAAAAAGCUAUUCAGGAGAUGCCUGUAUAAUGCUGCAUGCUAGAUUUUUAAACACAUGAUGGACUGGCGUCGUCAGUGACGGUAUUGCGGUUGCUAUCACUGGGCUCAUCAGCGCAAGAGGGCCAUGCAUGAGCAGUACUCCGCGAGUCAUCACAUAUGACUGAUACUCGGAUCGCGCGGCCGCCGGCGCUUUCCGUGGCACCGGUAGGCGUUGGGGACCUAAUGCACUGUAGUAUCCAAUGAAAGCGAGGGCCCUUGUGACGCAUUGUGACAUCGUUUGCCGCCCGACGAUCACUCAGUGCUUUCUGGUGACGCAAAAAUUGCCGACCGCCAAGUGGUCCGAUUAUAGCGUUUGAAUCGCUAAGCACUGUACACUUUUGCUUGCGCUACUGACGUGGAAUAGUGAAAUGAAAUGCAGACGAUGUGAAAAAUGUGGACAGGAAAUGUUACACCCACAGAGGAGGAGCAACCCGGUCAGCGUAGCAGCCCACCAAAACUCGGCAUUACAAAACGUGAUGUCGGUUAAUUCAUCCAGCGUGCAUCCUCCGUGGUCGCAGCAUUUUUUCUUGUGAUGAUGGAAAGUACUUAGCCUGGAACAGCCAUUGGCACAUUGCACUGUCUUCGAGGUCAUGCGUUUGUCCUCUUAUGUGCCAUGUUUAUUUUUAUACCUUCAUCCAUCGUGUGGAAAAUUGGGCUAUAUGCUGUACUAGAAUUAGGCAGUGUGUCGUCAGCGGCCCUUUUUGCGAUGACAGCCCGAGGCGCUGUAGCACAUUCGUCUACUGCUGCGUCAUCUGUCGCUGCAGCCUGUAGACGCUGGCAGCCUGUUCUACCUCGGAGGCACAUUCAAGGCUUUUUUUUUGUUUUACCUUCUUUUAAUAGCCUCACCACAACAUUUCUUUUUCCAGUCGCUGGCAACGCAAGGCCUUCGGGAGCAGCAGUUGCAGUUGUCGGUGCCGUUUUUCCUGCUUACGCUCGCGUACGUUUAUAAUCGUAUGGCAGGCACAUUGUUGUCUAAAGUAACUUUUGUUUGUUUUUUUAUGCAUCAUGUUUCCUUUGGAACAAUUACUGCAAACCCGAACUUUUCUUUAAAUCGGAUUCUAGGGUUUUAUGGGCCAAAACUACCAUUUGAUUAUGAGGCGCACGCCGUAGUAGGGUACUCCGGAUUAUUUUGGACCACCUGGUGGUCUUCAACGGGCCCUCAACGCACGGGACACGGGCGCUCUUGCAUUUCGCUUCCAUCGAAAUGCGGCCGCCGCGGCCGGGAUUUGAUACCGCAAUAUCAUGUUUAGCAACCCAACACCAUAGCCGCUUAGCCACCACGGCGGGUAGCCGGGCUUUUUUCAAACGCGUACUUUCAGCUGUUCCUGCACAUCAGGACAAGAGCACAGCACAAUAAUACCCGAGCAUUAUUUUUUAUUCGGCGAGACCUGGUGACCAGUUUCCUAGCUGAUUCAUCUGAAAUAAUACUCGAGCAGCUUACCUGGUACAACGUCGGCUUUCCUUCUGGUCGAUCUCCUUCUCGUGUGUUUUGGCCAAUAAUUUAAAAGCAGCUUUGAUAACAAAAGCAUGCAUUCAUACGAGCGGAACAGGCAGACGAGCGAGAGCACGUCUUCUCCUGCUGCGUCAGAACAGUGCUCAGGCGGUCGCGGGGUCCUGUGAACACCCAAGCACAGGUACAGCUUACUUGUGCUUUAACGUACCCUGUGAUCUUGUUUUAUACAUUUUAUGUGAAGUACAUUAAUUUUAUUUGUGAGUUGACAGCGUUUUAGAUUAUAAAUGAAGGUGCCUUGCACUACAACUUUAGGUUUCGCGCACUGAGUACGCCAGUUGCUCGCAGCGUUCUACUAUGUGCGUCGUUGCAGUGGUGGCCACGGUUCUUUCAUUGUUUUGCGGCGCUGACAACACAUUGUUCCAUUCUAGUAGACCAUAUUCUGACUAUUCAUUCUUGCUCUUAAAUUUUGCAGACAUUUUGAACCGCAACCUAAAAGAAAUAUAGUGGGGUGCAAAAAGAAAGGCGGUGUAUUUUUGUUGAUGAAGACAUCACCAAUCUCUCAAGCCCCGUUUUUUUUUUUUUUUAACAAUAUUUGCAGGGUCUGGACAAGAUCACAUUGUGUCUCAGAAGGCUUCAUUCGUCAUCACUAGUUUACGGCUGCUUUUAUGCUUGGACUGUUUUAAUUUCUUUACCUGGUUGAUGUGGGUUAGAAAGGAAAACAAAUUUUUAUGUGUGUAUUACACAUGUGCUUAUAGUGCUUGAAUUAUGUGACCGUCGACUAACCACGCAUGCAUUUACAGGUUGCUGCAUUGGUGGCACGUAUUGCUUAAUUUCACGGCAUGGGGCUUAAAAUGACACCUGUGUUGGCCUUGGCUAGGCUAUGUGUAGAUGCAUGAAAGCUUGUACUUAUCGUACUUUUUUUUUUUUUGAUUAAUCAGAACCUUGUUCCAAAAUGUGACUGACUGGAAUCCACUUUUGUACUUGCGCUAGUCAAUUCAGCAUGGAAUACCAACUAGCCUGGUCUCACACUGAAAUCAUGCUUGAAAAAAAAAAAAGAGAAAGAUAAUGUAUAGCCCUACGGCAUUGAUUUCUAAGUUGGCCCAGCAUAUACACAGCAUAUAUUCGACAUCGCAUUCACUGCAUAAUUACACCGAAAACAAACAAAGUUUUGAUAUCCAAGGACUCGGGACUUGAAAGGGAACUAAUGCACUACACUGUUUUCACAAAGGAUCAUUCUGUCCGGUAGAAAGUCUGCUGCAAAUUUAGGCUUAAUUUAAACGCACUUGCUACACAUGCGCAGACGACAAUGACAUGAAAUCUAGCCAUUCAUCUGCUACUUUUGGGUAACUGGCCACUCGGAGUUGUGGUUGUUUCUAUGAACUAUCUAGUAAUAUUUUUAAAGGUCUGUGUUAUCAUGCUUUGUAGCAUUUUGAGUUCUUGGAUGUCUGCUCAUGAUGGAUCUGCUUGCAAGGUGAAAGACAGGCUUCACUUUCGCAAGCUAUUUGUGUUCUAGUCAUUAUGAUGCCAAUCAAAUAGUGCCAGACUAUUAUUUCUCGUUUUGUGCGACCAAAGGAAACCUCGGGAAUGCAAUCAUAAAGCAUGUUGUGCACUCCCUGAUGUGUUACCUCAAGGAGCGUUUGUAGGUGACCCUGGGGUGUUUUGUAGUCGUAUACAACUUUUUAUUGCACUAGUACAUUUUUCAUUGUACUUUUUGUACAGUUUUCGGGGCAGCCGCUGUACCUUGUCAUUUGCUGUGUGUAGUUCUGUAAACAGAUCUGUUUGUCUGGUGCGCAGAACAUGCGUCAUUUUGACGCAGCACUUGUUCAGCGGCUACACCAAGUUAGGCUGUAUUAUAAUUCUUCUUUUUGUAGGUUCCUAUGGGCUUUGUAUAAGACUCGCAUGCACAACACCUGUGUUUGUGGUUUUUUGAACGGGAAGAUAACCGGACACUUGAAGCAUUGAGGUCUAGUCCUGAAAUGAUUGACAGCGCGAAACGGCACGAACUGCACAAGAAAGGUUCAGAUUGCGGAUGCUGAUGCAGCGCGUGUCCGUGUAUCUUUCUCGUGUAGCUCGUUCCGUUUCGCGCUGUCAGUAGUUUCAGUAUGGAAUACCAAAGUGUCCAACGUAUUGUCGUUUUGUAGAUCUAGUCGUCUAAAAUGUGCGGUGCGAGGAAACAUUCACUUUUAAAAAAUUUAUAUUAGACCAUUUACGCCCUGGUCAUGCGCGCAUAGAAACACUCGAUCGCGUUACGCAGUUACCCAUGGUGUCAAUUAAAAAAAAAAAAGCGAGAGAGACGUGUUUCAUUCUAAGCCUUCCAGAAAGUUCGGUUAGUCUGUAACAUGAUAAGUUUUACGCCCUGUUUAACAGGCUGCAGAACCAUUUAAGCAGCCUUAUUUUCGUCAGCUUUUCCGCUUUUACGAGCAAAAGAAGGCAUCAUCGGCAUGAAUAUGGACAAAAUGUUAUCGCUUCGCAACCGACGAAAACAAGCUUGCUUUCUCAGACUACAUGAACAGAGGCGAAGAAAAGCAAAAUAUGUAGGCACCAUGCCUCAGAACUUCUAGUUUCAACCGUAGUUAACAAAACGCUUAGGCCUCUCGCAUAUACGUAACAAGAUAUAUGCGACAUACCGCAACGAUGUAAGCUUUACGUUUACUGGAGGCAACUUAUUAUUGUAAAAGGGUAUGGUGUAUCAAGUCAAGGAGCAAAUUAUAAUAAAAAAGUGCGUGAGCCCCACAACUUCUCUGUCUUCUUUCAAAUGUCAUUUUUGUAAAGUACAGGUACUAUUUUAAUUGGCUCCGAGAGGUAUUAAGCUUGUGGCUUAUCAUUCAAAUCUCGUUAUUGAGUUCCACCAGGCACAUUGUUGCAGGAUCCUGCAUACGCAUGCUUGCUCUGUUCUUGUCAAAAAACGGUUGCACGUACUUACUUUUUGUUGUGUUUUUCAAGUUGUGCAGCUGAAGCCCGAGUUUACUUCCGAGAGGAGGGUGUGUGCUCGCCCGGACUUCUCUCCUUUCAUAUGCCGAGCAUUGUUAGAACUGGCUGUUUGUUGUUUAUAGUUGUACAGCUGAUUGGUUGGAAGGAGCUCGAGUAUAUGAGUGUGAAAUUUUUGGGACCUGUGUGCCAUAAGCGCCGAGCUUCCUGCCACGUUGUGUAUAUAAGUAUGGACAUGUUUUAUUUUACCUAUUUUAGCUAAAGCCCCGUGUCGUGAGCUCUUGCAGCGGCUGUGUGCUGAGUGGAAGAUGCGGAAAAGCCGUUUGAAUGAAUGAAUGAAUGAAUGAAUGAAUGAAUGAAUGAAUGAAUGAAUGAAUGAAUUAAUGAAUGAAUGAAUGAAUAAACGCGCGCGUUAUUGCGCAAAUCAA